GUAACAUGAGCAGGUAUAUGGGACAGCUUGUGGGUGACGUGCAGGAGGAGCAGGAGGAAGAGGAGGAGGAGGAGGAGAAUUUUCCCCUUCACCCCCACUGGACUCUGGUCAGGACCUCAGUACAGAGAAAGCUCAAGCAGGAAAAACAAGUGUAGAAAAUGAAGAAGCUGGUGGUGUUUUUGCUCUGCCUGGUCCUGCUGACCACUUACACAGAUGCCAAUCCUAUCAUCAAGGAGAGCUUUGCUAAGCAGCUGCUCCGCAGCAAGAGGCAGGAUCGGCCAAUGAAGGCCGGCCACCCUGAUGAGCCAAUGAGGGAGCAUCUGCUGCACAUGCAGGCUCUGGAUCAGAGGGCCCAGGAGACCAACAUGGAGUACUGGCUCAAUCCUCACUGCCCCCCUCGCUGUGACAGGAACUACGGAUACCCCGUUUGAGGAUGAUGACAAAGUAAAGGACCAGUAGUGACAACAUGGACUCAACAAUGGCGUCAGUGAAAACUCUUGACAAACAGAACAGAGAGACUCUCUCCUUCUCCUUAAAAGAAAGGACCAUGUGCAGAAUGAAUGCUUUGUGCUUAUAUAACCUCACUGUAUAGCAGCAGUGUAGUUUGCUGUUUCCAGUAGUUUCAACAUGUAUUCUCUAAAUUGUAUAUCAUGUAUCACUAACAUAAUGAAUGAACAGUGAAUACAAUUACAAAUAAAUCAGAAUGCACAAGUGCCUUCAAUCUGGGUAACAAA